CAAGAAUGUCUCCAAAGCUACAAUUGUGCAACAUUUGGCAUUUUCCUGCUCUUCUGUCUGUUUUUGUACACCCUUUGGUAUAUCAGUUUAUGUGCUGUUGAAAAGGCAAAACGGGAUCCACUUCGUCAAGCAAUCGCACAAAUUAGGUAUUAUAUGAUAUCGCAGAAUGCCGAAUUUGGUGCCCUUAAUGAUACUGAAAUUAUCCUGAAAGCUGAGAAUGCAUCAAGAGUGUUGCUUCCAUGGGCUGAAAAAAUCAAAGAAAUUCAAGCAGAGAUUGGUGACCUUCAUUACAAACUGAAUCACAAAUGGAUAGCCUAUAACGGCCACCUUUAUUUACUUAAUCCUAAGGCAUCCACUUUUCAUGAAACAAUAAAAUUAUGCAAUGAUUCCAAAGCUUACAUAGCCGAUAUUCAAGAUGAAGCGGAGGAGAAGUACUUAGAAGAGGCAAUUAGACAAAAACAUGGUAGCUACUGGCUUGGAUUGCUUCACGAUGGCAGGGAAUGGAUAUGGUAUAAUACUGCACUUAAACCCCUUAAGACAUAUUGGAUGGAUAAAGAGCCAGCGAACGUUCGCGCUAAUAAAUGUAUGAGACUGCGGAAUGAAUGUAAAGAAAACCUGGUGUGUUGGUAUGCUGUACCUUGUAAUAUUCAAGGAAGAGGCAUUUGCAAGCAGAAACCGGAAGACAAAUGGAUAAUCUAAUUAUUUGCUGAAUGUUGCACCAAAUUGUAUUUGAUGAACUCAGUGAGACAAAAAUCCCAAUCGGUGAAGCUGCCUCUUAAAAACAGUUGCCCCAGUCAGCCACUGUGGAGGCAUGAAAGAACUCUGGAUUUUGACAUCAGCUUCCAAAUUCCUUUUCCAUCCUGC